UCCAUCCAUUCAACUCACCCUCCUUCCUACCAAACAUAGCCUAGGUCUUUAAUAAUUAAUGAGUAGAUUAAUAAUGAGCAUAUUUAAAAAAGACCGCGUUUGUUAGGAACUUUCGUAGCAGUUCAUAAAAAUGAACCACAUAUUCUCUUUCUCUCCUUUUUCCAUUAACCUUCCUCCCAAACAAACCUAUAAAAUUAUUAAUUUUCUAACAUAAAUACAUAUACCUCAGAGCUUCACAAAAUUCAUCACUUACGUACGUCUACAAUGGCCAAGUCUUACUCUUCCUCAUCAUCAUCAUCAUCAUCGCCAACUAUCGAAAUGACUAUCUUAUCAGGGGAAAGCCUCAGGAUCGACAAUAGAUUUAUCAAGAAAAACGCCUUCGUCAUCGUUCGAUCCAAUAGCAGAAACGUUUUCCAAACAACCGAGAUCGAUACCAAAGGCGGUAGCAACCCAAACUGGAAUGAGAAACUCGUCCUUGACUUACCGGCCGUCCACCACGCUGCGGCAUUGACCGUCGAGGUACACUGCAGAACGGCGAUCGGAAAUAGACUCGUCGGAACUGCUUCGGUUCCGGUGUCCGACUUUUCCGGUGGGUACCUACCGGAGAAUUACUUACAUUUCUUAAGUUACAGAUUGAGAGACCAGAAUGGGGAAAGGAACGGGAUUAUCAAUCUUUCAGUGAAAACGAAGUCGGAGUAUCGAUCGUGCGCGGCUUCGUCUUCUGCGUCGAUGGGGUCGUCUUCUGUGGUUGGAGUUCCGGCCGGGAAGAAUAAUAUGAGUGGUGUUGUGACUGGGUUUCCCGUUUGGUCCGCCUCAUAUUAAUGGAAAAUUAAAUUUGGAAGGAAAUUUUCUAAGAAUAACAACGAAUAACUAUUUUGAGUUAUUUCAAAAAUUGAUAGAAAAUAACAACUAUUCCAGUGGAAAAUAUCAAUAACAAUUAUUUUUAACUCGUUUCAAUAUAUCAUAAGAAGAAACAGUAAUUCAUUCUAGUGUAAUUAUUUUGUUUGACAAAAUCGUCAGCUUUGUGGGUG